UGUCAUCUUCAACCCCAUCCGCCGGCCCAGAAACAAACCCUUCGGAAUAUUGCCGAUCGCAUAGGUACCCAGCUGACAAGAGCCUUAACAGAAAGGAAAGGAAAGCAGAAGUUUGUAAAGCAAGAAGAUGGUGAAAUCGUCGGAGCACAAUCAUCCUGUGAAGGCCUUUGGAUGGGCAGCCCGGGAUUCCUCUGGCCAUCUAUCUCCUUUCAACUUCUUCAGAAGGUCAGUCGGAGAGAAGGAUGUGGCACUCAAGGUGUUAUAUUGCGGAUUAUGCCACUACGACCUCCACCAAACUAAAAAUGAAUUGGGAAAUUCCGAGUAUCCUAUGGUUCCCGGGCAUGAGAUUGUGGGAGAGGUGACAGAAGUAGGAUCCAGGGUAACAAGAUUUAAGGUAGGAGACAAGGCCGGUGUCGGUUGCAUGGUCGGAUCAUGCCAAUCGUGUGAGAACUGUGCUCGGGAUCUCGAGAAUUACUGCAGGAAAAUGAUCCGCACUUUCAACAGCAAGGACCAUGAUGGGACAACCACCUAUGGCGGCUUCUCUGACGUCAUGGUGGUGGAUGAGCACUUCGUGGUGGCGAUACCUGACAAUCUGCCGCUUGCCGGAGUGGCUCCGCUGCUCUGUAUUGGAAUCACGGCUUAUAGCCCCUUGAAGUACUAUGGACUUGACAAGCCUGGGCUCCACCUUGGCGUGGUUGGGCUGGGCGGGCUGGGGCACAUUGCUGUCAAGUUUGCCAAGGCCAUGGGCCUUAAGGUCACUGUCAUCAGUACAUCACCCGGCAAAAGAGAGGACGCCCUGGAGCAUCUUAGCGCCAACUCGUUUCUGGUCAGUCGUGAUCCGGAACAGACGCAGUCUGCCGCUGGAUCAAUGGAUGGCAUCAUAAAUACAGCUGUCGGGAUUCGCGAUCUUGUGCCCCUGAUUGAUCUACUGAAGAGCGAUGGGAAGCUUGUAAUGGUCACUGCACCAGACAAGCCUCUCGAUAUACCAGCCGCGCUGUUACUGUUAGCCGGAGAAAAUAAUUUUAGAUUACUGCUAAUGACUUCAGAAAGGAAGAUGGUUGGCGGAAGCUUGAUCGGGGGAAUGAAAGAGACGCAAGAGAUGAUUGAUUUCGCCUCUAAACACAACAUCACAUCAGACGUCGAAGUCAUACCAAUGGACUAUGUGAACGUUGCCAACGAGCGGCUAGUGAAAGGGGAUGUCAGAUACAGAUUCGUCAUCGACAUCGGGAACACGCUGAAAUCCACUUGCUAAAGAUUUUCCUCUACUUGUUUCUCUCAUCAAAGGGAGCGAACUUCAAUCGUGACUCGUCUCAAACUGCUUCUUCCUUGGUCUUUGUCUAAUGCUGUGCUGUUCUUCAGCCACACUGUGCUCAAGGGCCAUGGCUGGGCUUAAAGUUGGGCUGACGUCCGAUGUGGGGCUAAACUGAAAUUGCCCUGAUAAUACUUUCUUCGGUUAUAAGGGAAUAGAGUGGGCCAGGGCCUCUGAUAUAAGAAUAGGAAUACGAAAAGUAAUAAAGGGACGUGGAAAUCCUACUAACAAGAAUCGAAUUGGAACCUCAUGAUCUAUAGUGGUGACUCGUGCUUCUACAACAAGUCCUCUUCCUCGAAAUGCACGGGUAAUUCUGCCUAAGUUAUCAUUAAAACUUCAAAAAUCAAAGAGAAUCUCCAGAAUUUUCUAUU